UUUAAAUAAAUUUGUGGGCAUGGAAAAAGAUAUCAUGGUCGAAGUCGAAGGAAGAAUGAUGCAGUUCCUCCUCCAAUCUGACAUCAAAGAGAACAUUGAAAGAGCAGUCAAGGACAACACUAGAUGUAAUAUUGACCUAGAUCAGCUUAGGAAGUUUGACCAGUUCCUUUCAGAUGCUGUGGUUAAGUAUCCAGAGAGAUGUAUCGUCCUCCUGGAAAAGAAGCUCAAUGAGAUGAUGGAUGAGUACAAGGAUGAUGUGAGCAAUGAGAAGUUAAGAGCUCAAACUGGAAGCGAAUCCUUCCCUACUAGAUCUCAGACCUCUAAUGUCAACUUCACAGGAAACUUUGGAAGGCAUUACAUUACUCCAAGAGGACUGAAAGCCAAUAUGCUGAACAAGUUAGUGAGAGUACAAGGUAUUGUCACAAGAAUGAGUACUGUCUCUCCAAAGCUGGCUAAGUCUUACCACUACUGUGAAACUACCAAAAAUGGUAUGGUAAGGACUUACAAUGACAAAUUUGCUAUUAAUCCUGAAGGAAAUGUUGACAACUCUGCAAGCAUGCCUAUUAAAGAUGGUGCUGGUAACGCAUUGAGUCACGAAUUCGGAUACUGUGAAUACAAAAAGCUACAAAAGCUGGUUAUCCAAGAACUCCCAGAAAGAGCCCCUCCAGGCCAGCUCCCAAGAUCAAUCACUGUUAUUCUAGAGAAUGAUCUUGUUGACCAGGUUAAGCCAGGCGACAGAGUUGAAGUAACAGGAGUCUACAAGACCGUCCCAGGUCAAAGAUCGACUACUUCAGGAGUCUUUGAUACUAUUAUCUAUGGGACUGGCAUUCAAGAGAGCAUUGCCAAGAAAGAGACUAAGCUUGAUGGAAAGGACAUCUCUAACAUUAAGAAGGUGGCAAAGAGAGGUGAUGUAUUUGAUAUCCUCGCUAACAGUGUUGCUCCAUCUAUUUAUGGUCACCAUAGCAUCAAGAAGGGUAUCCUUCUCCAGCUUCUUGGAGGUACUGAGAGAAAAGUUGAAGGCUCAGGAACCCAUAUUAGAGGAGAUGUCAACAUGCUUCUUGUCGGAGAUCCAUCUACCGCCAAAUCUCAACUCUUGAGGCAAGUUAUGGAGAUUGCUCCUCUCGCAAUUAAUACUACUGGAAGAGGAUCAUCAGGAGUUGGUCUCACAGCUGCUGUGAUUGUUGAUAAAGACUCUGGUGAAAGGCAUCUCGAGGCCGGAGCAAUGGUUCUAGCUGAUAAAGGAAUUGUCUGCAUUGAUGAAUUCGAUAAAAUGAAUUCUGCUGACAGAGUAGCAAUUCAUGAAGUUAUGGAACAGCAAACUGUCACUAUCUCUAAAGCAGGUAUUCAUGCCAGCUUAAACGCAAGAUGCAGUGUCAUUGCAGCAGCUAACCCGAUCUAUGGAGAUUAUGAUGUCUCAAUCCCAGCUGGAAAGAACAUUGGGCUCCCAGAUUCCUUGCUUUCAAGAUUUGAUCUUCUAUUUGUAGUGCUCGAUGAUAAGGAUCCUGUAGUCAAUGGAAAAAUUGCUGAAAGAGUAAUCCUUAAUCACAGAUUCAGGAGUGCUGGUGAAGACAAGCUUGCAAACCCAGAUCACAACGAUAUUUAUGUAGAGCCAGAGAUCGCAGAAACUGCUGAAGAGAAGAACAAAGUCUACGAAAAUGAUUUCAAUGCCACUUUAAUGGGUGAUGAAGACAAACCAGCAAAUGAUGUCUUAAAUAGAAGCUUCUUAAAGAAAUAUUUGAGCUACGCCAAAACUGCUGUUACUCCAGUCAUGAACAGUGAUGCUGUAGACUUCUUAUCCACUUCUUAUUCCCUCUUGAGACUUAAAGGAGAAGAGCCAGAUCAGACAAAAGAGAGAAAACUUCCAAUUACUGCAAGAACUUUAGAAACGUUGAUCAGAUUGGCGACUGCCCAUGCUAAGCUGAGACUCUCCAAAGUAGUUGAAGUUGAAGACAUGCAAGAAGCUUUGCAUCUGUUGAAUUUCUCCAUCUUUACUCAUGAUGAUAAUGAUGUUAAGAAGGAAUCAGCUCCAAUUGAAGAGGAUAAGGAAGAGACUAAAGAAUACGGUCUAAGAUCCUCUAAAAGGAACAAGAGCAGAGAUCAUCCUAACGGUGAGAAUGUAGAUCUUGAUGCUGCAAGGAAAAGAAAGAGAGAUGUUAAAGAUGGCCCUCACAAGGAAAAUCACAAACCAAACACCAGGCUCCAAUCGAUGAGCUCAAAGGAUCAGCCUUGGAUGCUGAUACUCCUGCUAAGGCUGAAGAAAGGAAGAGAGCAGUCUUCAGGGUGCUGACUGCACUCAAAAGAAAGCAUAUAAAGGCUGAUUCCUUCACAAUGGAAGAAAUAAUGGCGGAAAUUCAGAAAGGAAGAGCCUCCAGAACUGUCUCAAAGGAGCAGCUACCAGAAGUAAUUUCUACACUUGCAGAUGAGAGCAAGGUAAUGCUGAUUGAAGGCGGCUGUAUUCUUCUCUAAUUCUUCAAAUUCCAUAAAUAGCUAAAUUCCUUCAAAAACUGUGUCUUAAACUGUCACUCUAAUAAUUAGAUGCUUCUUUGUU